AUGUCCAAGAUGCCUAGUAUUGAUUCCAUUAGAGUGUUGGAGAAAGGAGGGUGUAGUAGGCAAACUAAACAAAUGGGUGAGGGAAAUCAAAAGAAAUCCUUGAAGUCUAGUAUAGAGGCCAUGAAAGAUGAUAAUGGAAGGAGUUCUAAGGAGUUUAUAAGUGAAAGAGGUGAUAACAUAAAUGAAAAUGGGACUAGUGAGAGCCAUCCUGUUUCGAAAUUAUGGGCGAGUGGCCAUGAUGCUAGUAACCAAGGCACUACGGUGAAAGCAUGGAUGAAAAAGGGUGAUAAAGUUUUUGGGAAGGAAAAGGUGGGAGAUAAAGAUGUUAGGGGAUAUGAUUUAUGUGUGCCAAAUAGUCAUGCAGUGGUAUUGGAUAGUAACAAAGGUGGAGAUGGUAUAGUGGUAGUAGAGGAUUUUUCUCAUCUUGAAGAUGAUAUCAAGGUUAAGAAAGUUUCUAUAGAGGGUGUCCAGGCCUUGAAAGGUGGAAAUGGCUUGGCUCGGUAA